AUGUUGGGCUACGUCAUUGCGGGGUCUUUAACUCAAUAUAUUUCUGCCGGACCGGCCGCCGACCAGCGGACUCCGGUAACGGCGGUAACAACUUUCGGUGCAAGUGAUUGUCGCGCUGACACCGGCGCCGAUCGCACACCGACCGUAGCUUUGAAAGAAAAGAAACGCGUACACAUUUUUCGCCUAAUAUAGCCACCUACCGCGGACCCAUUCCCGAUAACACGCAACCCGAUAUCAUCACCGGAAACCCGCCAAUUAAAAUUUUAAAACGCGAACCCUGCAAACCCACCGGAAUCACAACCUCCCGCGGACCCUCAUCUUCCGUUACCGUCGACAGUAACAUAAAUCCCAACAAUGGGUGGACACCCGUUUUGAGCCCCAACCUUUCCCUUAUCGACACGUCCUGUAGUGUAUUCAGUGACUACCCAUUGCGCCCGUUACGUCCGGUCGCGGCCGAUUCGCCGGAAACACGGGUGCCCCGAUUUUGCCCGUUCGCGUUCGUCGGAAUCGACUACACCGGGCCCAUCAAGAUGCGAAAGUUACAAAAGCCGCGGGGACAUACAAAACUGUCGCCGCGUUUGUGUGCCAGGGCGUCAAGACGGUCCAUUUGA